UUUAGGAUACUCCAGCGACACUGGACUUAGUUGUGCGCAUACGUUUGUACUAGGUUUUAAGUGUAAGCGAAAGGUAGCACGGUUCGGUGUUGUGCAUUGAGUAUACGGUCGAUUUGGGUGGAUUUGUACGGAAGAGAAGGGUGUGGAGUUUCGUAUGGUUUAUUCGCAGUCGACCUUGGUCUGCGUCGUGGCUGUAUUAUUCUAUAUAAAAACGCGUGAAUUCCAACAGCGUGACGACUUAUACACAGGAUUACGUUUGUUCGUGAUCGUUGUAUGAAGAUUCGGCAAGUGGUUCCUGAGACCUGUGGUAUCAAGAAAUAGGAAAGAAACGAGGGAGAAAAUAACGGUGACGCGCGUGUGCGUUCCGUAUGUGUGCGUGAAUACCGUGUGCGGAGGAGCCUUCGACGAUUUGGGCAGUAUAGGAGGUGACAGAAGCAUGCCUGGCAAUCGAGGAAGUACCGUGCACGGCGUAAUGCCACCGCAUUAUUUGCACGAGUUGCCGGCCGAGGACGAGAAACGGCUCGAAAAGAUAUUCCAGAAAUUGGAUUUAGACGGGAACGGGAAAAUCGACGUAAAGGAUUUAUCGAAAGCGCUCCGCGAGGUCGGAGUAGAUAAAUACUAUGCCGAGAAAUUCUUGGCCAGAUCGGAUAGCACCAAAAGUGGAGAUAUAAGUCUCGCUGAAUUUAUACAUUAUGUCCGCGAGCAUGAAAAAAACUUGCGCCUGCAAUUCUCUCAUCUUGAUAAAAAUAAAGACGGAAAAAUCGACUUGGAAGAAUUGAUAAAAUCAUUCGAAGAGUUGGGAAUAAAAAUGGACUUCGACGAGGCAAAAAAAUUGCUCCAAAGAAUGGACAAAGAUGGAAGUCUUACUAUUAGUUUCAAUGAGUGGCGAGAUUUUCUACUUUACGCCCCGAGUUCCGAUCUACUUGGACUUAUCGAGUACUGGCAUCAUACGAAUUAUAUGGAUAUUGGAGAGGACAUCGGUGUCCCCGAAGAUUUCACGACUACGGAAAUGGUCUCUGGAAUGUGGUGGCGACACUUAGUGUCCGGUGGCAUAGCAGGUGCAGUCUCACGCACAUGUACCGCGCCUUUGGAUAGGAUUAAAGUCUAUCUACAGGUGCAUGGAACGCGACACUGCAAAAUCAUGAGUUGCUUCAGGUACAUGCUCCGUGAAGGUGGAUUGACUAGCCUGUGGAGAGGGAAUGGUAUAAAUGUACUUAAAAUCGGGCCAGAAAGUGCGCUGAAAUUCAUGGCUUAUGAACAAAUUAAAAGAGCCAUCAAAGCCGACGACGUUCGAGAGCUCGAACUUUAUGAACGAUUUAUGGCAGGAUCCUUAGCCGGAGGAAUCAGUCAGUCAGCCAUAUAUCCACUCGAGGUACUCAAAACUAGAUUCGCCCUUAGAAAAACGGGCGAAUUUUCUGGUUUGCUCGAUGCAAUGAAAAAAAUAUAUAAACAAGGUGGUCUGAAAGCUUUUUACAGAGGUUAUAUCCCUAAUUUAAUAGGGAUACUUCCAUAUGCUGGCAUUGACUUAGCUGUAUAUGAAACAUUAAAAAACAGAUAUUUACGAACACACAAUAAAAAUGAACAACCACCAUUUUGGAUAUUAUUACUGUGUGGAACAGCUUCUAGUACAGCUGGCCAAGUGUGUUCAUACCCAUUAGCUCUAGUUAGGACACGAUUGCAGGCUAAUAUUGCUCUAGAUAAAUCUGCCGACACUAUGGUUGGUGUUUUUAAAGAUAUUGUUAGGAAAGAAGGGAUUCGAGGAUUAUAUAGGGGUUUAACACCAAAUUUCUUGAAGGUAUAAAAUAAUUACUUAUAAAUGUA